AUGGCCAAAAGUCCAUUUACAAUGCUACUUUCGCAAAAAUUCUCUAUUCAACGAGAUGAAGCAAAACUGUUAAAGAUUAACGAUAAAAGCAUUAAUAAAUACAAAUCAACACAAAUAUUUAUUGAUGAAAGCAUCGGGAAAAAGUUACCGGCCAGUGACAAAUCUUUUUUAUUGCAUCAAGCUGCAAUUGAAGGUUGCCUUGAAAAGAUUCAAUCAAUAUUCUAUAAUUUUGAAGAACACGAAAGAAAAAAAAUAAUAUCUUCAAAAAAUUUUGAAGGAUGCACACCAUUGCAUUUAGCAUCUAAAUUUAAUAAAGUCAAUAUCAUUAUCUACCUAUUGGACAAUGGAUCCGAAAUAAAUGAAAAAAGCAAAAAAGAAAAGAAUACUGCGCUACUUAUUGCAGCAAAAUAUAAUAUGACAGACGCAGCGAAUUAUUUGUGUGAACGAGGUGCAAAUGUUAAUUUAAAAAAUUCGCGAGGAUUAACUGCACUUCACUUUGCAGCUCGAAAAGGAAACGAAGUACUUUGUACAGCUUUGAUGAAUUAUGGUUGUGAUGUAAAUUCUGCAGACGACGGAGAGGUUUUACUUAAUAUUGCAUAA